UUUCCUGACAGCACAGGAAGUUGUCUUGAGGAGAAGCAGGCAGCAGCGUUGCUGGCAGGAGAGGAUGCAGUGCCACGUUGACAGCAUGCAGGCAGAGGACAGGCCGGAGGCAGAGCAGGACGAAGCCCCUCUGCUUGCUCAGCAGACAUCCUUCAGGACAGGGCUCUGCUCAGCUCGCUGGGGCCUGGCCCUUGUCCUGCACAUGUCUCUCUUCAUGGCGUACUUGCUCCGGGUCGGCCUCAGCAUCGCCAUCGUCGCCAUGACUAACAGCAGCAGCCCCCACAGCUCAGCCGGCAUCACUCCCAACGGCUCCCACCGAGGAUUUGCUAGGGGCGCCCCCGUGUACAACUGGAGCACUGAGACUCAAGGGAUCGUCCUCAGCUCCUUCUUCUAUGGCUAUGGCCUCACACAGGCGCUGGGUGGGUACUGCUCAGGGCGCUUCGGAGGGAAGCACGUCCUGGGCAGCGGGCUCCUGCUCGCCUCCGUGCUCACCCUCCUCGUGCCCCAAGCAGCGGACCUUGGCGUGAGCUUCCUCAUCGGGCUGCAGGUGCUGCUGGGUUUGGCUGAGGGGGUGAUAUUUCCAGCUCAGUACACGCUCUGGGCAAAAUGGGCCCCUCCGCUGGAACGCAGCAGGCUCAUGAACGUUGCUGGAUCCCUAGGAUGCACUUUUGGGACUUUCUGUGCUCUCCUUGUGGCUGGGAUCAUCAGUCAGAGUCUGGGAUGGCCUUUUGUCUUCUAUAUCUUUGGCGGUGUUGGCUGUGCCUGGUGCGUCUGCUGGUUCCUCCUUGUGUACGAGGACCCGGCACAUCAUCCUUGGAUUAGUGCCACGGAGCGGGAGUACAUCGUGUUGUCGCUGGCUCACCAGGGCAGCUCUCAUGGCCACUCCCUUCCACUUUUGGCCAUGGCUAAAUCACUGCCUCUCUGGGCGAUUGCCAUCGCCUGCUUCUGCACAGACUGGUUGUUCUACAUGCUGCUGACCUCCAUGCCCACGUUCAUGAGCGAGGUCCUCCAUUUCGACCUCAGAGAGAACGGGCUCCUCUCUGCCCUGCCCUACAUUGGGAAUGGGCUGGGGCACAUCCUGGCUGGGCUACUGGCUGAUUUCCUCUUGGCCAGGCGGGUGUUUGGCACAGCAGCUGUCAGGAAGCUUUUCUCAGCACUGGGGAUGCUGCUACCAGCCAUCUGCCUGGUGGCUGUGCCUUACAUUGGCUGCAGUUCCACGGCUGCCGUGGUCCUUCUAACGCUGGCUCUUACGAUAAUCAGCAUGACAGGGGCAGGCAUCAAUAUUAACCACAUCGAUAUAGCCCCCAGAUAUGCAGGGUUCCUGCUGGGAAUCACAAAUACUUUUGGCAUAGUUUCGGGAAUUAUUGCUCCUACUGCAGUCGGACUUCUCAUCAGCCAGGAUCGCCAGACUGGCUGGAGGAAUGCCUUCUUUGUAUCUGCAGCCCUCAACGUGUUUGGACUGAUCUUCUACGUAGUCUUUGGCAGUGGGACCAUCCAAGACUGGGCUAGAGAAGAGGCUGCUGUGCAGUAAGACCCAGCUGCAAGGGAAGGUACAUAACAAGGGACUGGGCUGCAAAUGAGCGCGGAUCGGGCAGAAGUCCCCAGCCUCCCCCAGGGAUGUGCCAGCCCUUUGACCCAUGUUGCCUGCUGUACGUUUAGGCCUGCCCUCAGCCUUUUCCCACCAGAAGGAACACUGCAGCAUGGACAGAUCCUAAAUGAGAUCCACAGAGAGCUGGUCAAGUUGGCUGUGGGCCGAGCUCCGUAAGGAGCCUGCGGCUCUGUCUCUAGCAAAGCUGUUCUUAGAUGAAGUAAAUCAAGAAAGAAGUAGUAGAGUAACAUUACUUUUUACUAGUGGCCUCUCACUCCCUCUGCAUGGAAAUUCCUAACAGUUUUUUUUUUUCUCAAUGAGACAAGCUGAUUUUUAAUUCGUUCUUUGUCCCUUUGUAAAGGGCUUCUCAAUGCAAGGAGCAAAAAAAAAAAAAAAAACAGUGAGGGCUAUAGUGAGUUCAUCCUAGCAGCCCUGAACAGGAAGGCAGGGAUGGUGAUGAGCAGAAAAAGCAGCGACUUGGGGUCAUCAUUACCCUGGCGAGAGCCUCAUUGCUGGUGCUCAGCCCAGGGGUGUAAGAUGGCCACUGAAAGAGAUGUUUGUCCCCAUAAAAGGGUGUGAAUU